AUGUCAUACAACGAUAUACGAUGUCAACUUUUCGAUUUGCUUGGGUCACGAUAUCCUACCAGCUGCCAUGUUGGUUCAGUCCCCAAGUCCAACGGAUCAGGAUCUGAAGAUUCAAUAGGUGAUGAAGAUGAAAUGGAGAAGAGAGGUGAGACAGCACCGGAUGGACUUGUUUUAGCAGAUUGGCAGACAUAUCUAUCGUAUGUUACCACUAUCAAUGAUACACCAUACACUGUCACUACGAUAGCCAAUCUUCCCUUGACCUAUUAUGGCCCAUCCAUACCUCUCGGUGAUGGCUGGACCUACGGUGGACUCACCUCUCCUACCGGUACCGAAAAUAUUGCUCCACCAAUGAUUGAGACACCUGCGUCUUCCACAAUCACCUCUCUCUCUAACCAAGAUUCUUCUCCGAUCAUUUCCAAUAGUCUUCCUACAGCCUCGACUAGUUCAUCCACCUCAUCACGAUUCUCCGUUCAGUUUACAACUCUCGCUGCCUCUUCAUCAACUCCGACCUCUAUUCCUCUCACCACCUCCUCUUCCUCCACAACUUUCGCCCCCGAUACCAUCAACCAUCACUCACCUAUGCCAACACAAUCCACUAGUCCUACCCACACUAGUUCGGAAGAUCGAAAUCUCCUCGCUCCCUUACUCGGUGCACUGAUACCUCUGGCUCUUGCGAUCCUCGUAAUCCUGAUCUUUCUCUGUGUAUACCACAAAAAUCGGCAUUCUCGUGAUUCAAGAUUCUUCGGUCUUUUCUCCGGGUCAAAAUGGGCUUCUCUACCUUCAAAUCCUCCUGGUGGUCCCAUGGGUAACAAAGGCAAAUCUCGUGAAGUUGGUGAAUCGGCGGAUAUGGUAGGAGUAGGAGCAAAGUCACCAAACGAAAAAUCAGCAUUGUUACCUGGCUGGACCGCACAGCAUCAUCGACAUAAUUCCCAACAAGAUUUGACUGAAGUUGACGAUGAGCUUAGGGAAUUAGCUAAGAGGAAUGAUAGCUUGUUGCAAAGAUUGAACCUCGGUUUAGGAUGGUUGAAGACCACUCCUACACCUUCGAAUUCUUCGAGUUCUUCUGGUGGAUCAGGUGGUAGAAAGGCCAGUGGGAAUACUUUAGAAAAAGGUCAAGGUAAAAGGAUCUUCUCUCCAGCUACACUCGCUUCUGCUACUGCGGCACUAGCUACCACCGGUCUAGGAAACAAAAGAAAUAAGAGGAAUACCAAUCUCACCGCCUCUACUGAAGGUUAUGAGAGGGUCUUGGAGGAUGAUCAGCUGUUUUUCUCCGUCCCACAACGAAACGAGUCGUCGGAUUACUCGAGAUCUAGGACAGGGAGCGCAACAGGAUCACCAUCGAUGCCUCAAGACUUAUCACCUCGACAGAAGAGGUUAUUUCCAGCCGCUCAGAUUAGAGGUAUGCGAUCUCAAACUUUCAGUGUUGGUGUACCGGUGACAUCUGGUACUGACGCUCAAGAUCUUUCGAUGGAAAUAGGUGGAGACAGUAGACGAGCUAGAUGGUCUGAGGACGGAGAGAGGAUUAGGUUUCCGGCUCCUCCUGAGACGGCUGGUGUCGGUUUGGGGUUGUAUGAUGGUGGGACUUUUGGGAGACCUCCCAUGAUAGGACAAGGGGAUGAAGGAGAUAGAAGAGAAAGCUAUAUAAGUGCCGAGACCGAAUACUACUCCGCGCCAUCACAUGGCUCAUCACCCGAAAUUUCUUCACGAGGUAUUCCCAUCCCACGAGAUACAGAAGAAUAUCGUCACGUAUCAGUCUCAGCAUUUGGUUCGCACCCUUCUACGCCUACUCGACCCGGUCGAUUCAGUCAACAUGAUUCAUCCCAGACCCAUAGGGGCAUCAGUCCAGUAAGACUUGUAUCGCCGGGUGUAUCACCUUCCAAAACCACCAAACCUAGACCUAUAUCAGGUAUAGGAAGUACUUUCCACUCCAUACGUAAUUUGUUCUCCUCCACACCCACGCCUUCUCCCGAUGUUCGAGAUCAAGGAAGUAGUAACAAAGAUAAACGGAGGAGUUACGUCGGACAAUCACUUGUGGAUGAUAGGUUGAAAAAAGUUAAUAGAAGUAUGGGAGAAUUUGGGGAGCCUCUGAGACAAGGUGCUUUGGUUGCACCAGCCUUGGUCUCUCCUCGCCCCUCUCACUCCUCCGAACAAGCUUCUCUGCACCUCUCUAUCCCCUCCCAACACCACUCGCAUUCCUCUCACACCACUUCUGGAUCCUCUUCAAAUGACGCCACAGAAGCCUCUCACGAGCCUGUGGUAAGAGGUAAACGGAGUAAAGGGAUGUUGAUCCGAGCGUCCAAGAUUGGCGAAUUAUCUAGACCUCAACCUUUACCUAUCCAGGUUGCUAGUGGAAGCUCACAUGUCGGUGGAGGGAUAAGGAAGCAUCAUCAGAGAGAAUGGGAAGAGAAUAUAGAUGAGUUUAUGGGUGAGGGUGAACCCUUGCCGCCUUUGACGCCGGACUGGGAGGGGACGAGAGACAAGGGGAUGAGAUGGUCGGGUAGAUGGUCUACCAACUAA